AUGAACAUAUCGGAAUCACCAGGUUACAGUGAUUUUGCAUCGGCAAUUGAACUAAAUCGUCUGAGCUUAGAAUUGAUUGGCUUAUGGCCUACAACUGAUAGAAUCUCCAAAAAAAGUCUCGGUUCUAAUAUUCGUGCAGCUUUCGCUUUUAUUAUGAUAACAUUCUUUCUUAUUAUUCCUGUUGUACAUGCACUUACUCGAGUUUGGGGCGAUAUGACACUAAUGAUAGACAAUUUACGAAUUACGUUACCAAUGCUGACGUGUUUAUUAAAACUUGCCGUCAUGCGGUGGAAACAAUCAGUACUGUUAUCCAUUAUAAACAUGAUGAAAGAAGAUUGGAUGAUGUUAAAACAAGACGCAGAAAGAGAUGUAAUGAUGAAGCAUAUGCAGACUUCUCGACUAAUUGUAAUUUGUGCAUACUUUAUGAUGGUAUGCGGUGCAUUUGUGGUUAUUAUUUUUUCUUGUUUUGGCCUAUCGUUCAGACGUUUGACAAAUCUUACCGAUCGGAGCAGACCGUUACUCUUGCAGACAUAUUAUCUCUAUGACACAGAUAAGAGUCCGCAGUUUGAAUUGACAUAUCUUACUCAAAUCAUAACACUGGUUUUGGGCCUCGUAAUAUAUGUAUCGAUAGAUACUUUUCUUGGAUUAGUAGUCUUUCAUGUCUGCGGUCAAUUAGAGAAUUUCAGAGGACGGUUAAUCAAUUUGAUUGCUGGCAAGGACUUCAACAAAGUCUUAAGUAACAACGUAGUGAUUCAUUUACGACUUAUUAGGUACGGGUUUUGA